GCAAACCUUACCCUGACUAUAUGAUCCUCGCUCCUCCCUACUGAUCUCGAAGCCACUGCCCUGACGCGUCGACCUACCACCAUCACCACAAUGUUCUCCUUCCUACGCUCACCACUCCCACCUCGGGUAAACCGAGCAUCCCAGAACCCCAUAAUCUACGAGGAUGGUCGUUCAUCCGUGGCCUUCUACCCUCCAGACACCGACGACAACUACGUCUUCCGCACGACUCUCCCACCCCGCACCAGCAACAGCUCAACCUCCAUCCUAGAGCCGCCGUUGCACUACCACACCUACCAAACCGAGACCUUUCGCAUCGUCAAAGGCAGCAUCUAUCUAUACCGCGGCCUGGACCCGAAACCCUGGAAACAGCUCACCGCCAAUAACACCACCACCACCACAGAAGCAGAACUCACAGCCACCAUCCAGCCCAAAACCUACCACCGACUCCAGAACGCCUCGGCGACAGAGGAACUGAUCUUCGACGUACGACUAGCACCCGUGAACCACGCAAUCGAGGAGCGCUUCUUCCGCAACUUCUUCGGCUAUCUUGAUGAUUGUCGCGCGGCGCAGCAGACGACGAGUAUCUUCCAGCUCAUGGUGUUUUUGUAUCAUGCGGAUAUCCCGCUCGCGCUGCCGUUGCCGUGGCAUGGGGUCGGGGUGGUGGUUAGUCGGGUGUGUACGAUGGUAGGGGCGAUGUGGGGGGUGUGGGUGUUAGGGUAUCGGGUUUCGUAUGAGGAGUAUUAUGAGGGGAGGAAGGGGAUUUGAGGUGUUAUAAAUCAUACUUGACCU